AUGAGAGCCAAUAACCCAGAUGUUUAUAAAUCCUUUAAGUAGAUUACUGAGGAUAAUGGUUUCGUCUUUGAAGAGCACGUCAUCACUACGGAUGAUUAAUAUAUUUUGAAGUUAUUCAGAAUUCCUGGCUAGAAAGAGAGCAUGAUAAAAGAUCAUUACGACCCAAAUCUUGGUUUAGAGAAGCCAGUAGUUUUUUUACAGCAUGGGUUAUUUGAUUCAGCAGAUGCAUGGAUUAUGAAUCAUGCAUCUCAAGCACCAGCCUUUGUAUUAGCUAGAGCAGGUUAUGACGUUUGGCUUGGAAACAAUAGAGGAAAUAAAUACUCGCUUACUUCUCACAUACCUAAGACCUCAAAGUAGUUCUGGGAUUACGGCUUUGAAGAAAUGGGAGAUCAUGAUCUCCCUGCUGCACUUAAUUACAUUGAAAAAGUUACUUAUCAACGUAAAGUAGCCUAUAUUGGCCACUCUCAGGGUACAAGUCAGCUUUUUUACGCUUUGUCAAGGAAUGAAAGCUACUUUGAGGACAGAAUAUCUCUCUUUAUUGCUUUAGGUCCUGUAAUGAGAGUAACUCAUGAAAAGUCUUCAAUAAUGCACUUCCUUUCAUCAAAUUUCACAAGAAAAGCUGUAGAGGAUGUCUGUGAUCUGUUUGGUAUCUAUGAACUCUUCCCUUCAAAUUAUUUGACUACUCAUACAAUGGAUUUCUUGUGCGAUACAAUCCCAAAAAUUUGUGAUUUCAGUCUAUACUUGAUCACAGAUGAGGAUUUGACUGAGGAUGAUGAAUCAAGAAUCUAAGUUUAUUUAGGCCAUUUCCCCUCUGGCUCCAGCUUAAGAACGCUUAAUCAUUAUGCUCAAAUGAGAGCCGAAGGAUAAUUUGAAAGAUUUGAUUUUGGUAAACAAGAGAAUUUAAAAAGGUAUGGACAGGAAGAACCACCUAUUAUUGAUCUAACACAGAUACAAAAAGUGCCAAUUGCCCUAUUCGUUGGUGCAAAAGAUGAACUUGCUGAUAACAUUGACAAUAGAUGGGCAAAGAACUAGCUUUAAAGUUUGAUUCAUUACAGUGAAUAUUCACUUGGUCAUAUGUCUUUCUUUGUUGCAAAAGAUGCAAGCUAUUUCACCUAGGAUGUAAUGAGACUUUUGAAUUAAUAUCAUCCCGCCAAUCAAACUCAAAACUUUAAGGGUACUUAAUUCUUUAAUUGA